GUGUGGAUUUUUAUUAUAUAUAACUUCCUGUUUUGUUUCUUUGGAACAGGAAGCUGUCUAAGGAUAUUUCCAAACGCGCGUUUAUUUCAGUUUACCGCAAUUCAUUGUUUCAACAUAAAAGUAAGCGUGUGUAGUAAAUUUCAAAAACUUUUGUUAAUCUCAAAGGCGAACAACAGGACCAGCACGAAAACAAUGCCGCCAAAGAAUGCAAAAGGCAAGGCAGAAAGCGUAAGUAAACACCCAGAAGUACAUGUGUCGAAAAAGACAAAUUAUAGUAAGAAAGGGGAAACAAAAGAUGAAAAAAGCAACGAACAUAACAUCACAUCACGUGGGCCUACUCAAGACGACAAACAGGGAGAUAAAACAAAGACAAAAGAUAAUGCUGGCCAGGAACACACGGGCACAAUUAAAACUGAGGCUAUGGAAACGGAUAGUUCAAGCGGAACUGAAGAAGAGGACCAAUUGCCGGAAAAAAAUUGCACCGAUACGAAGAAGGCGGACAAUGACUCAUCGAAACGUCCAAAGCUUGAGGACAGAGGUUCGCAUGGCCGCAGUGAUGGUAAACACAAACAGCAGACGUCCGAUGGUACAAGCCAAGAGACGCAACCUCGGGAAGCAAGCGGCGGAAUUCAACAGCAGGCCAUGCUGCAAAUGCAGCGCGCAGCUGAAGCGAGCAAGCAGAUGUUGUACGGUGUAUACGGAAAUUUCGUUUCCAUUCUGGAAGAAUACGAGGCAAGGACGCAGAAGACGAAAGCUGCGAGAUCGAAUAUUGCUUUGCCUGACCAAUCAAAAAAGUCUGUGGAUGACGUACAGAGCAUCGUGCAGACGCAACUGCUGCUGUUUGAAACCCAGCAACGGGCAUGUCCAAAGGAAGUCAGUCAGAGCGUGAACAAAGAACUGAGGAAGAAAACACUUCAUUGGGCUGCCGUCCGAGAGGAGAAACAUAUGAAACCAAAUGACACUGACAAAUACAUUUGUCAAUUGUACGAAGUUUUGGUGAAGGGUAAAACAAAGCACGAGAUUCUCGAGAAACCCAGCAAACCUGUCUCAGCCGCGACAAUCAAGGAAAACGUAAAGCACAUCUUCAAAGGCAAAAAUGACGCCAUGGAAAUUGACCAACAAUUUAAACAAGACGACAAGAAGAAAGCGACAAGCCCUGAAACCCGCCGGUCUGAACUGGAUGAUGCCUACGAAAAAGGUGCAAAACGGAUGAAAGUAACUAGACCAGACCUUAAAAAGGUUCUUGACAAUGACGUUAAGGAGUUCCUGGACGAUGGUUUCGACAAUAUUCGUUAAAUAAAAACCUGUAUAAUAGUGUAAAUCACAAACAUUGUAAUGUAUUAUACUUAUAUGUGUGAGUAUCGGACGAUUAUGAAUUUUUAAAUAAUUUAACAUGUCGUGCUUGUGCUCAUGCAACAAUUGCUGAAUAGGUUGAUACUCGCCUUCUGUAAUUAUGUUUUAUGUGAUUCCUUUUUGUUUUCGUUUAAUAAUAACCACCUUUCGUGUUUUUUUAUGAUUUUACGUUUGCUAAAUUUGAUGUUUUUCUUAUAUUUUAAAUAAGGCUAUAUUGUAUGUCACAUCUAUAAGACAUUCGUUUUAUUGACAUUAUUCAACCCUUGUGAUUCUUUUUUGAUUACAACACAUGAUAAAUUAAACUAUUCAAUUAAAAAAAGUUAUUCUUGAAA